AUGAAGCUUUUACAUUUAUUCCUUGUUGUGAUUAUUGCUGAAGAAGUUUUCUCGGGUGAUGGCAAUUCUUGCUCAACUACACCUUUGCCGUUCAGUCGAAAACAGAAGAAAAUUGAUGAAAUCACAGCAUCAAUAUAUGUAACAAGCUUCGUUUUACUCCAAGUUUUACAAACAAUUCUUGGUCAAAUCGCAACUGAAAUUAAUUCUUCUCUUGAAUACUUAAAUGACGUUGCGACACAACAGGUUGAUCCUGUCGAUUUCCCAAUUUCUUGCAUUGCUGAAUUAUUAAUUGGGUUGAAUGAUUUUAUGGAGUCCACAUUUUUAACACUUUUAAAUGCUGCUACUGAAGUAGUAGGAAGUAUUGACGGCUUUUAA